AUGCCAGGAGGCAGCCCUGAGGUCACUGCGCCCCAUGGUGUCCAUGAGGUACCACGGCGCCAUACCUGGCUGGACCCAGCACCUUCUGUGGGAAGCCAGCACAGCUCUCGGCCCCAUCUGGGAGAUGCCACCAGUUCUGGUCCCCCUUUGCCAACACCUGCUGGUCAGAUGUCCCCCCACCCCACUCCCACUGUCCUCCACGGCUACAGGACCCCUGCCGCCGACACAGUGGGCAUCAAGCCUGGGUUUCCCCUGCUGGCCACAGCAGAUCCCUCAGGAAACCUGCUCCACAAGUCAGGGUCUCCUCGGAGACCCAGAAUUUAG